AUGAAUUCAACAUACGAACCAUCUCCUCGCAUGAUCGAUCCAUUCGUUAUUCGUUUUCUGACAUCAACAAUCGAACCACCACCACCGCUACCACUGGCAAUUUUUUUCUACGAUCCAUUUCUCGUUGUACCACCACCACCUGACUGCUCAAUCAAUUCAUCGUCUUCCUCGUUAUCACCACCACCAAAAUCACCAGUUAAACCAGUUCUUCCACCACGACAUCGAUAUACACCAGUGCAAUUGUUCACACUUCAUCGUAUUUUUCUGAAACUACCAUAUCCAUCAUUGGAACAACGACGUGUCAUAGCAGAGCAUCUUCAUAUCGAUGUUGAACAAGUUCGGGUGUGGUUUUCAAAUCGGCGAUCAAGACGCAGCGGAUCAAAUGCCCAAACAACUCUCAUUCAACCAACAUCGAAAGAAUAUGUAACUGUCAAAGAAUUAUUUGAUCAGUUGAAUUUAUCUAUCUAA